UUUUUGUUGAAAAUAAAUAAAAAAUUUAAGAAAAAUGUUUUCAGAAAUGCAAAAAUAACUUAGACAAAAUCAUCACAAUAACGAAUAAUCAACAUGAUGGAUAAUCAUCGACAUCAAAUGCCCGUAACUUCAUUGACAAAUUCAACAUUGACAGCAACAACAACAGCUAAUAAUAAUAAUCAACAUUUUUAUCAUUAUCAUUAUUAUGGUUCAUUAUGUACAACAACAACAUCGACCACAUUAACAUCAAUAACAACGACAACAACCGCAGCAGCCGCCGCAGCCGCUUCUAUCACCACUUCUAAAACAAAAACAAUUCUUGACAACAAUAAUCAAAUUAGAUCAUCAUUAUCAUCAUCAUAUUAUCCAUUAUUACCAAUAUCAUCGACAAAUUCUUAUAAUAAUAGUCAAAAAAGUGAAAAAAUUUCCGAUCAAUUGUCCAGGAAAAAUAUUCCAUUAUUAAAAUUGUGGAUGAAUAACGAAGAACAACAACCGAAUAUUCGACGACAUAAUCGUCAUCGGAAUCAAAAUAAUGUUUUGGCCAAUGAAUCGACAAGUUUUUUGACAACAGAUGAAACAAAUCUAUCCGGUUCGUUUAAUCAACAAGAAUUUCGACCAUCAAUUACACGAGCUUUAGAAUAUUGUCAUAAUGAAAUUCUAACACCUUAUAGACGUUUACUCAUACUAUUGGGUUGGCAACCAUUUAAAUUUGAUUGUUUUGGUUUUAAUUGUUGUCAAAUGUUUAUCAAUUCAUUUCAUCUGAUGUCUUUGCUUAUGUUCAUGUGUGUUGGUCAUCUUCUUCAAUAUGUAUCAUGUUUUCGUCAGGAUAAUCUUGGUACUUUGAAUGUGUUAGAUGCCGAUAUUAUCAAUACUAAAAAUGAUGUAGCAAUCACUGAUUUAUUUCAUCAACAUUAUCAUUUAGAACUGAAUCAUAGUUAUCAGUUUUUGAAUUUGACACAAAUUUUUAAGGAUAUUAAUCAUGAAUUUACCAAUGAAAUUGAUGAACAAAUUUUAUUGAAUCGUGUUCAAAUAUUUUUACAUUGUAAAGGAUCGGCAAUGGCUCAUUAUUUUCUACCAGCUAUUAUUCAUCUGAUAUCAUAUUCAAUUGUAUUGAAACAUUUACGUUGCUGUGAAGUAGAUCGUUUCCAGAAUCUAUGUCUAUUGAAUUUAUUAUUAGCAACAAAAAUUAUUGGUCAUAAAAAAGCUAGUAUUCAAAUCAAAAAAAUUGUACGAAAUUGGAUUUUAGCAAUUUUUCUUUGUUUAUCAUUGAUUAUGAUACAAUUUGCUUUACGUUUAUUUUUAUUCGAUGAUGUUUCAUUUGGUUUUAUUGAUCCAGAUGAAUUGAAUUGGCUACCAAAACCAUUAAUAUGGAUAAAAUUAUUAUGUUUCAUAUUAUUUUCUUUAAUUGAAUUAAUACAUAUUUCAAUUAUGAUCAUUUAUGCACUUUAUUGUCAGAUGAAUAUUCUAUUUAUUCAGAUGAAUAUUACAGCUAUACGAGAAAAACGAAUCAAUUUUCAGGAAUUUGCCAAAAAUACAGAAAUAUUCAAAAUGAACAUCAAUUUCCUUAAUAAUCGUUAUUCAUUGAGCGUAUCAUUGUUGAUGAUUUAUAUAACAACUAAAGCAUCAGUUACAAUGUUGGAUAUGUUUGCCAAAUAUUUAUAUGUUGAAUGGCAUUUAUUAAUAUUGGCAAUUUCAUCAAUGAUUUAUUGGUCAUUGUUAUUAUUGUUACCAUUAUUACAGGCAGCAAGAUUGACCAACGCCUGUCAAUCGAUCAUCGACAUUGGCCAUGAGCUUUGUGCUAGGCCAUUCUGUUAUCAACGAACAGCAAGAGAUGAUCUCGAUUCAUUAUUAACAUAUACAAGUAGUUUAAAUUUAAAGGCAAGAUUAUUAAUGAUUCCGGUACGGCCAACUUUUAUCAUAUCAAUAUUUCUUGUUCUUAUUUUUAUCAUAUUGAUUUUAAGUCAACUUCAUUUGAUUGAUUUAUGAAAUUUGAUAGUUGUUGUCAAUGCUAUUUUUAUUGUUAUUAUUCAUUA